CAUUUUUCUUCUCCGCUGUUCAUUCUCCUUCAUCACUCGCCCUCUCCCCGCCGCCAUCGCACUCUCGCUCACUGCAUUCCGAGUAGCAAUACACCCAACAAAACAACAUGGCUGCACGGCCGUCAGGCUUCCUCAGCAUGGCCGCGUCGGCGUCUCGCAGUGGUGCGAACGACGCGGACGCUUCAAAGCGAGCUGCCAGCCAAGCGUCGAGCACAAAGGUGGCUCCAGCCGCUUCAGCAACCGCUUCUGGACCACCUGCUCGGUCUUCGGGCUUCCUGGACAUGGCGGCGUCGGCCUCGCGCGGUGGCUCUGCUGACUACGACAAGUCCAAACAACUCAUUCCCGGCCAGGCUCGAACCAAGGACGUGACGAUGGCUCCCUCGUACACGGCGCCGGCGUCGUCGAUGCACGCUCCUGCGCCAACGAUGGCCAAGGCGGACACGUCGGGCCUGAUGAGCGUCACGAGCACCCGCCUGAGCAGCGCGGCGUCGGACGGCCCAGAUCGCAACAAGUACCAGCUCGCGUCCACUCGGUUGACUGGACCCACUCAGCCGCUGUUCGUCAAGGCCGCUCCCGUUGUCACUUCCAACCCGUUCGACGAUGUCGACGACGAGGACGACGCAGACAAGAAAUCCACGACGAGCGACAAGAGCGACGGCGGCAGCGACUCGGAUUCUGGCUCGGACUCGAAAAAGUCAGGCUCCGGCUCUGGUUCUGGGUCGGGCUCGGAUGCAGGGUCCAAAUCAGGGUCAGGGUCAGAUUCAGACUCGGGUUCGGGUUCGGGUUCGGGCUCAGGCUCGGGCUCAGGCUCCGGCUCGGGCUCAGGUUCCGGGUCUGGUUCUGGCUCUGACAGCGACGCGAGCCACAAGAGCGCCAAAAGCAGCCAGAGCAGAAAGAGCGCUGCCAGCAAAGCGAGCCGCAAGAGCGACCGUAGCCACGGAGCGUCUUCGACUCGCAGCGAUGCCAGCAGCAACGACAGCGACGAGGACGGCGACCACAAAGACGACGCCACCGACGCCAAGCGCUCAAGCAAGAAGAGCACACUGGAGGUGCCCACCGCUGAUGGCGACCGAAUCUCAGUUUCGUCAAAACACUCACAACAACUCAGUCACCACACAGACGCCAGCGGAACAGAUGCCGAUAGCGAAAGCGGCGACGAAAGCGAAGACGCCAGCGACACGGAGUCGACCAACCCCUUUGCCGCCGCCUCGCCCAGCAAGCCGUCUCCACAAGCGUCAUCCGACUCGGCUAAGAAGAAGCCGCAGCCGCAACGACCCUCACUCGCCUCCGCAGUCUCCGUCGCAAGCGAAGACAGUGUCAGCAGCAGCGGCCCGGACACCCCGUCCGCGACCGCAUCGGGGAAGCGGCCCAACCUCUGGAAGAAGGCCACCACCACCGCUGCGAUGGCUGCUCGAGCAGCCCACAGCACAAACAACGGCCCGACGCUGACAGCAAAGGACAUGUCUCGCGCAGACUUUAUCGAGUUUUCGUCCACCAAUUUCAACGUGACCCAGCACGUCAAGCGAUUUUACGCCAACCAAGACUCUGGUCAAGACGGUGCAUGGCUGCGCGACAACGUCGAGAGCCUCAAUCAACUCGGAGACAUGGUUUCGCGAACGCUCAAGAAGAACGUUUUCCGAAACUACACUCGCUUCAUCGACACGACCAAGGAAAUCGCCAAGCUCGAAGGAGACAUGUAUCAGUUGCGGUAUCUCAUCAACGAAGAAAAGGACAUUAUCAAGCAGGUUGGUCUGACACAAGCCGCGACACCGCUCGUGUCCAGCAGCCCUGGCGGCGGCGGCGGCGGCGGCGGCGGCGGCAGCGGCUCUGGAGCAACUCCCACAAUCACUGUCGGUGACGACGAUGAAAACGGAUCCAAAGUUGACAAAAUCUCGCAAGAGGAACGCCAGGCGCGUGCCAAUCGCCUCCGUGCGACAUGGCGUGAGGUUGAAGGAAGCGAGGCAGCAAUGGGCCAGCUCCCCAAUCGCGACCGUAUGCUCGUUCUGAGCGGUGAACUCAGCGAGCUGAACGAUGACUUCCACGAGGUUCAAACCAUCAAGUUGUUCCUGUUCAACGAUAGCCUGCUCACAGCGACCAAGCGCAAAAAGUACAAGGAGCGCGGCGAGGACGCAUCGGCACCGUUCAAGGUUCAUCGAUUUUGCUCGCUCAAGGAAGUGGCCUUUAUUGACGUCAAGGAUUCCGAGGAUGCACAGAACGUGUUCAAAGUGAUUGCGUCGCAAGACGCCCUGCUCUGCCAGUCCGCGCAAAAGCGCCAGUGGCUCGACACGGUGGACCGUGUUCAGCGCGAACGCAAGCAGAACGACAAACAGCGCGUCGAAGCCGACAAACAGCGCCAGCAGGGCAAGCAAACAGACGAAGACCGCCGUCGAGAGAAGGUUGCACGCGACGACGCCGAGAAGAAGCGCGCUGCCAUCCUGGCUGUGGAUUGGAUUGUCGACAUGCCCGACAACUUGGACGUGUUUAUUGCACACCGCAACUUUGAGGCUGCCGCCAAGCUGAUUGAGAAGGUCUCGCAGUACUUGACCGCGCAUUUGCCACCUGUUGCCCCAGCAGCUGUUGAUGCGGCUGCUGUCGUCGGUUCUAGCAAUGCUGGCUCAACGACCUCCUCCUCCAACGCGGCACCCGGAAGCACCCAGGCCACGGUGGAUGCGCUCAAGGCUGCAAUGGAAGUGCGCCUGGAACGUCUCACCUCGACACUGGCGCGCGAGCUCCAGAACCUGUCGCUCCCUUCUGCCGAGCUGCACCGCCAUGUUGCGCUUUUGCUCCGUCUUGGUCAGUCGGAAAAGGCGCGCACCAUGUUCUUGUCAAAUCGCAGCUUUGGCAUGCAGCGCGAGCAGCGCCGCUUGCGGAUUGAGGGUUCGGCGCUCUUCUACAUUACCAAGCUCUCCAAAGUCUUCUUUGCGCGACUCGCUGAAGUUGCGUCCGAGUUCCGGCAGCUAUUUGCGGAUGCAAACAGCAAGUCUGCAUUCAGCGUCUGGGUUGUCACCGAAACCGAGCAGUUCUGCGAAACUUUUAGCCGCCAUGUCUUCCACAUGAGCCAGUUUUCGAUUGUAGUGCAGUGCGUCGAGAUUGCCGUCACCGAGUGCCAAUCUCUCAAGUCGGCUGGACUCGACAUUGAGUUUUCGCUGCAUCGGCUUUUGCACGAGAACAUCAUGACCGCCAUCGACGCACAGAAGGACAACAUUGAAAAGAAUUUCGAGCAGCUCGUUGCUAACGAUUCAUGGGAUGAGCUGCCAGCCAGCGACAAUAACAAACUUGCUGCGCCCUGCAAGUGCGUUGUCACGUUUGUUCGAACAAUGAACAAGUUUAUGGAAAAUGUCGCUCGCGUCUACAACUACACGUUGCUCGAGUUUGUUGUCAACCGAAUUGGCCGAACGGUCCAUCAAUUUGCCCACACGGUCAUUAGCGCUGCGUAUGAUCAACAAGAGAAGUCCAAGCGUCGCGCCAUCAAGAAAUGUGUCAUGUUCAUUGUCGACGUCUACAUUGUCCAGCUUGCAGCAAUGCUUGAGGAACUAAGUGGCAGACAGCCGAAAGAACUCCAAGAAGUUGCCAGUGCCAUCCGCGCCGAGAUUGGUGCUUGAUUUCAGUGGGUUGAUUUCAGUGCAAAUACACAAACUUUUUGAA